CAUCGCCGUCCCACCCAACCCUAACCCCAAAAUCCCACCGGCGCCGCCUGCCGCCGCUCGCGAGGAAGAACAAGGGCCGAAGAUGAGGGAGAUCCUGCACAUCCAGGGCGGGCAGUGCGGGAACCAGAUCGGGGCCAAGUUCUGGGAGGUGGUGUGCGCCGAGCACGGGAUCGACGCCACGGGCCGCUACGGCGGCGACACCCCCGACCUCCAGCUCGAGCGGGUCAACGUCUACUACAACGAGGCCUCAUGCGGCCGCUUCGUGCCGCGCGCCGUGCUCAUGGACCUCGAGCCGGGCACCAUGGACUCCGUCCGCUCGGGGCCCUACGGCCACAUCUUCCGCCCCGACAACUUCGUCUUCGGCCAGUCCGGCGCCGGCAACAACUGGGCGAAAGGACACUACACCGAGGGCGCCGAGCUCAUCGACUCCGUCCUCGACGUCGUCCGCAAGGAGGCCGAGAACUGCGACUGCCUCCAAGGAUUCCAGGUUUGCCACUCGCUGGGCGGCGGCACGGGGUCGGGCAUGGGCACGCUGCUCAUCUCCAAGAUACGGGAGGAGUACCCGGACCGCAUGAUGCUCACCUUCUCCGUCUUCCCCUCGCCCAAGGUCUCCGACACCGUCGUCGAGCCCUACAACGCCACGCUCUCCGUCCACCAGCUCGUCGAGAACGCCGACGAGUGCAUGGUGCUCGACAACGAGGCCUUGUACGACAUCUGCUUCCGCACCCUCAAGCUCACCACGCCCAGCUUUGGUGACCUGAACCACCUCAUCUCCGCGACCAUGAGCGGCGUCACCUGCUGCCUCCGCUUCCCUGGGCAGCUCAACUCUGACCUCCGCAAGCUUGCAGUCAACCUCAUCCCCUUCCCGCGGCUGCACUUCUUCAUGGUGGGCUUUGCGCCGCUCACCUCCCGCGGCAGCCAGCAGUAUCGCGCGCUCACCGUCCCCGAGCUGACCCAGCAGAUGUGGGACUCCAAGAACAUGAUGUGCGCGGCUGACCCCCGCCACGGACGCUACCUCACGGCCUCCGCCAUGUUCCGUGGCAAGAUGAGCACCAAGGAGGUGGACGAGCAGAUGCUCAACGUGCAGAACAAGAACUCGUCCUACUUCGUCGAGUGGAUCCCCAACAAUGUCAAGUCCACCGUGUGCGACAUUCCGCCGACGGGCCUCAAGAUGGCGUCCACUUUCAUCGGCAACUCCACCUCCAUCCAGGAGAUGUUCCGGCGGGUCAGUGAGCAGUUCACGGCCAUGUUCCGCAGGAAGGCCUUCUUGCACUGGUACACUGGUGAGGGCAUGGACGAGAUGGAGUUCACCGAGGCCGAGAGCAACAUGAACGACCUUGUGUCGGAGUACCAGCAGUACCAGGAUGCCACUGCCGACGAGGAGGGUGAGUACGAGGACGAAGAGGAGGAAGCCGAUCUCCAAGACUGAAUGCUGCUCGCAAGUAAUGGUUCUCUAGUUUUAAUUGUUUAGUGUCUUUCUUAGUGGGUGCUGUUAAGCAGAGGGAACAACUUAUCAAAGGGUGAUUGAUUAGAUUGAUGUAUGAUUUGGCACAAUGGUGGUGUGCAACACCCUGUUGCGUCAUGUUAAGUUUCUGUUAUGUGGUGUCAGUGUCUGACCAUUAUUAUGUUAAUCUAAUGUAAUUCGGAGUUGCUUUUGUCUGGUUUUAUGAUUGGUUUGCUGUUGA